AUCAACAACAGAAAAAAAAAGUGGUUCUCUCAUGCACCCAGCCGGCUUGAAAAACACAAGCCCUAGGUGAAUAUUGCUUUUAAUAUCCACGAGUUUGCUUGCUUCUUAUAUAGAACAGUUUUGAUCAUAUAUAGAGAACAGUUUUGAUCUCUUAUAGAAUCCAAUGAAGAUUAUUCAGUGGAUUAAAAAGAUGUUCCGGAAGUUGCUGAAUAAAAAGGUUGUUGAACGGCAAACUAGGCCUGAUGAUUUUUUGAGAGAGGAUCAAGAAGCUUUACUAGAAAGAAAUCCCCAUGGAGACCUAACAUGCCAACGUUGUAUGAAGGAAAUGAAUGGCCUUGAGGAACAAGUAGCUCACAAAGACAAGGAAAUACAGUACUAUAAGAGAGCCCUUAGUGAUAAGAAUCAGGAAAUUCGAAGGCUUAAGAAUAUGAAUAUGCCACAGAACCCACAGAGCAGACUAUGGUAUCCAGAAGAAGACAUACUUGGAGCACGUCCAUCUCAGGGAGAAAACCGUACUCCAUCGGGAUUAAAUUAGUUUUGUAGCCUAAAGCUUAUUGGACCUCCAAUGGAACCAACAUAGCAGCUCAUGUAUGUAGAGUUACUUGUGCUCAUCUAUAUACGUGUAAACAAGUAUAUGUUGGGUCAUUAUCAGUUAUAGUAAUUUGUAUUUAAAAAAUACAUGUAAUAAGAUUUAACAUGCUGAUUAUUGUCAUCAAAUGAUAAUUUCGUAGUGACUAAUAUAAGCUUCAACAUUUGAGUGAGAAGAGCA